AGCAAAGAAAGUGAGCAAAAUGUUAAUGAAUUAAAAAAAAAUAUAAAUAAAUAAAGUUAGCAAUUUAAACAAACAUUAAUUAAACCAAAUAAAAUAUAUUAAUUUAAAUUAAAAGAAAUAUUAAAGUGCUUAAUUUUAAACAAAUAAUAAUAAUUGUAAACUAUUGAUGAGUGGCAAAAGUUCUCCAAAUACACUAAACUCUCCACCCACAUCGACGACCAGCAGUAAUUUUGAGUUGUGUUAUCAGCGAUCCUCAAAAGAGAUGAGUGCUAGCGCCGCCGCCGCCUCAGCCGCCGCUAUAGCCAUGGCUUUGGAUCUCAAACCCAAACAUCCCAUCACUGAUCCCUCACAGCCUCUUUUACUGCAGCAGCAGCAACAACAACAACAGCAGCAGCAACAAAAAAUUAAAAAAUUGGUACGACGCAAUGCCUCCGAUAAACUCAAACUCAUCCAGAUGGUCCAUGACAAUCCCAUUUUGUGGGACUCACGUCUGCCAAAUUUUAAGGGUGCCGAAGAGGAGAAGAAUCGUGCUUGGGAACAGAUUGGCAAAGAGUUUAAUGCGCCCGGCAGGCGGGUGGCGCGUGCGUUUAAAUCUCUGAGAGAAUCCUAUCGCCGCGAAUUGGCUCACGUCAAGUUGAUGGGCAAUAAUUUUAAGCCCAAAUGGAGUCUCUACGAUGCCAUGGAUUUUCUAAGAGACGUUAUACGGGAGAGAAAAGGUGGCUCCCAUGCCGCAGAACACAGUGGUCCUUUGGGACUUAAUCUCAGCGCCUUGGCUCAUCACAUGACAGCCACUGUUAACAACAAUCUAGCCAAUGGUAACAACAACAAUAAUAACAACAACUCUAGUAAAACCAAUUUCAAACACAAUUCCUUGCAUUCGUCAUUCAAUGACUCGGCUUUAAAUCUUUCCAAAUGUUCCUCUUCUCUGAAUGUCAGCGGUGAUGAUUACUAUUAUUUUGUCAAACCCGAAUUGGAUUUAUCCAAUCAAAAUACCAAUCCUAAUGCCAAUACAGCUGUAGUAAAUGGUGCCGCCAAUGCUGCUAAUAAUAUACCACCAGCCCAUCAAAAUUCUCAACACAAUGACAGUCGUGUUUCGUCGACCCGCAAUGAUUCCAGUAAUCAAAACAAUACCUAUGAUGAUUUGGAUAAUUCCUCUUUGCGCAGUGGUGAAGACGAAAACUCCUCGGUACGCAAUACCGCCUUAAGUCAUCAGGGCUCGGAUGAGGUGGAGGAGUUGGAAGCCAUUGAUGCUGAUUUCCCCUAUCCCUUGAUAUUAAACUCCACUUCCCCAUCGACCAGCGCCAAUGCACCGGCCCUUAAGCGUAGACGCAAACAUUUGCAAAGCAAUGGCGAGGAGGAGGAGGAAGACGAGGAUGAAGAUGACUAUGAGGGUCAGAUGUUGCAGCAACAUCGUCACUUGAGAGCCCAGCAGAAUCAGGCCAAUGGUUUGGCGGCUGCUGGCCUAAUGAGCGGCAUGGGCGAUAUGAUGCCGCCGCCACAAACAGUACGUGAAGUUUUAAAUUCCAAAUUUUGUGGUUUCAUAUCGGCCAAACUGAAUAGCAUGGAAGACACGGAGGCAGACAAUUUAAUGAACAAAAUACUCAUGUUAUUAGUGCAAACACAAAUGACACAAUCAGUCAACAAUUCAGUUCUAACGAUGCCCAAUGGUCAAAAUGAAAACAAAUGAGCAGCCAGCCAGCCGGCCAAACACCGAAAGGAGAGAUAGAAAAAAAGAAGCUGAAUACAAAAACCCAAACAAAAUGAACAAAAAGUGCCAUAUGAAUAGAUUUUUUUCUUUUGUGAUUUUUAUACAAGAUUUUUUUGAUUUAUUUUUAAACUGGUUUAAAAACAAAAGGGACUUGAUUCCAAUUAGAGAUUAUUAUUACAUUUUAUAUACAUAUAUGCUUUUUUAAAAUGUCGCAAACAUGAAUAUAAAUUUGUGUUGCAAAUUUUUUUAUCAUAAUUUUUUUAUAAUAAGUAGCAUUUAAUUUAUUUACCUACAUAAUUUUUUAAAAAGGGGAUGUUCUUAAAACAGGAAAUAAAAUAUUUUAUUUGGAAAAGCAUUAAAAAAAAGAA